AUGAAUUCCAAAAUCCUACUUUUCCUUUUCCUACUUGGCGGUGUAUUUCUCGUGAUUUCUUCUAGCAUUGCAGCUGAAACUACACUCCAGGAACAGUCUGAGGAGGAUAAAGUGAAGGAGCCGGAUGUGUUGGGAAGACGUUGCAGAUAUGGUUGCUGUGGCAGGGGACUCCUCGGAAGAUGUAACCGUUGCUGCGUUUCAGCUGAAGAAGCAGAGGCAGCUGAAGAAGAAACUGAUGUAAGCGUCGACAUCAAUAAUCAAGGCGGCGGACAAAGCGGUGGUGGUGGUGGCCGGGGAAGCGGUGGCGGUGCCGGUGGCAGCCAGGGAGGAAGAGGAGGUGGCGGUCAGGGUGGCGGAGGCAGAAAAGGUGGCGGUGGUAAGGGUGGCGGAGGUAGAGGUGGUGGAGGCCAGGGAGGAGGACAGAGUGGUGGAGGUAGAGGUGGUGGCCAGGGUGGCGGAGGCCAGGGCGGUGGAGGUAGAGGAGGUGGUGGUCAGGGUGGUGGAGGAAGAGGAGGUGGUGGACAGGGUGGCGGAGGAAGAGGUGGAGGCGGAGGCCAGGGAGGUGGUCAGGGUGGCGGAGGAAGAGGUGGAGGCGGAGGCCAGGGAGGUGGUGGUAGAGGUGGAGGCGGAGGUAGAGGAGGUGGAGGUCAAGGCGGUGGCGGUAGGGGAGGAGGCGGUGGUGGACAAGGCGGCGGAGGUAGGGGUGGAAGUCAAGGAGGUGGCGGAAGAGGAGGAGGUGGAGGUGGACAAGGCGGCGGAGGUGGUGGCGGACAAGUGUAG